UCAAAAUAUCUCAGAUGAGAACAACAAGAACGUGCGGUAUUCUUACAUUUGUGGUUUAGAAGUUAAACUGUAGGGUGGAGAAUGUCGAUCAAGGCGAACAUUUUGAAAGGCAAAACACCGGUCACCUUGCUUCAGGAGAUUUGCCAAAAGGAAUCGGCCGCAAUACCGAGUUAUGCCUUUCUUGGCGAAGCGUCCUCUUCACUCGGCGUCAACCAGAAAACAUUCACACACCGAGCGACGGCCAUGGCAAAAAGUGCCACGGGCGUUGGCCGGAGUAAGCAAGACUCCAAACACGAAGCCGCUUGGCAGCUGAUUUGCUUACUGCUCGGUAUUCCAACCGACGAAGACGAUGACGCCGAUGGCCGGAUGACGGAGGAUGGUGGCAAUCUGGAUACCGGAGAUAAAGUGAUGCUCGUACGGGAUAUUUGCGUUCAGCGUUGCUUUCCUCUGCCGGAGUUCAAUUUGGUUCGAAACGUCGGACCAUCGCACGCCCCACUCUUUGAAUACGAGUGUCGCAUCCGGGACAUUGUGCGCCGUGGAACACACACAACAAAGAAGGGUGCCAAGCAGGCAGCUUGCAGUGAGAUGAUAAAAACGUUGCAGGCGCUACCCGUGGAAGAAACCUGUCUUCAGCUACAGACCAUCGACCUGGCCUUGAAAGAGGCCUCGAACGAGGAUGAACAGGUGGUACGCACAUAUCGCGAGUACAGCCAAUCGGCCAAUAAGAAGAAACUAGGCGUAACGAUCGCCGAUCGGCACGAUUUCUUCAUGAGUCUCCCAGAAGCCCGCAUCGCUGAAGCGCUCGCGGUAAUGGCCGAUACAAAUGAAACACUUUGCGAAAAGUGUCACCGUAUUCCGCAAGCUCUUAACCUGAAGUACGCCAUUCAAUUGCACGAUUCGAACACUGGGUUGAGCAGCGGCGGGUAUUUGAGCACAUUUGAGCUCAUCAACCCGGAAUACGACUGUCUCAUUAUGGGCGUUGGUGACGAACUCUACAAUAAUGUAUUCAGAUACUUUUCCGACAUGUUGAACUUUACGCAGGUAUGUUAGACGGCGUGUGAAUAAAGAUUUCG